GUUCAAUGCCAGUCGGGAUCUGAACGCGAGAGACGCUACAUUAAUUUAAUUUAUUUUAUAGUUUUUUUUUUAAACAGCCACAAUGGCGUCUGCCGUGAUUAAGUUUAGUGCCAUAUUGUUUUUUGUUGCUGUGUGCGCUGCUGAUGUUUCGGAAUUUGCCGGUGGACCUCCACCAGUGACGGAGGUAUGCCUGGGCUGCAUCUGCCAGGCCACAUCGGGAUGUAAGAAAGGCCUGACCUGCGAGGGAGACGCGUGCGGCCUGUUCCGCAUCACCUGGGCCUACUGGGCUGAUGCCGGCAAGCCCACCAUCAGAGGACAGUCGCCUGAUGACCCAGAUGCAUACCCGAACUGCACCAACGACCCUUACUGCGCGGCUCUCGCUGUCCAGGGUUACAUGAGGAAGUUCGCUCAGGACUGCAACGGUGACGGUCAAAUCGACUGCUACGACUACAUGGCGAUCCACAAGAAGGGUGGAUACGGAUGUGUCGGGGAGCUUCCCUUCAACUAUGUGAACGUGUUCAACCAGUGCGUCGGCCGCCGUCGCCAGAUACGGAGGCUAACUCACUCGAACUAAACGGACGGGAAGUGGCUUUAAAGGGUUAAUAGCCAUAUGCAAGAACUAUAAAUCAAAAUAAAAAAAUCAAAUCAUUUAUUCAAAUUAGGCUACUAACUAGCACUUUCUAUAGGUCAGAUUACAUUGGACAGCACCCAGUUUCGCCCACCCUUCACCGCUUCCUAAGUGCUUUGCAUAAAUGGCAAAAUGUCUCUUUAGCUGUUAAGACUCCUUAAUGGACUCCCAUCUGUUGCUCCAAGCUGAUCCCCAUACUUCUUUUGUGAAGUCUUAGAGACAAAUAGAUAUCUUAACAACACUUACCAAGUACAAUUCUUGCAUAUGGUUAUUAGUUAGGAGAAACGGAACUACACGGCAAGAUUAAAAUAUCCAAGAAUAUCUGCUUUUUCUGAUUUCUUUUCUGCCCAUGUCACCAUCCCGAAGACCAGAAUAUCCCUUAAUGAAUUGAGUAGUUAGUAUAGGUAACUAUAAGAAUAACCAGCGUUAAGCAUCAGACAUUGUAUUUAUAUUUUUCUAAAAAAAAAAAACAAUAAAAUGAACUAGUCUUUAGGAUUA